GUGACGUGGAGCUGGCCCCGGGCGUCCGAGCUGGGCGAGCUGCCGAGAGCCGGAGAGUGGCUGGGCUGGCGGAGCGGCGGCCGGGGCCGGGAUGGCAGCGCCGCUCGUUGGGCGCGGGGGAGCCGGGGCUGCCGGCCGACGCUGGCUGGUGCUGCCGGCGCCCCUGCUGCUAGCCUUACUGCUGGCGCGGCCUGCGGGGGCCUUGGUGGAGGGGCUCUACUGCGGCACGCAGGACUGCUACGCGGUGCUGGGCGUGAGCCGCACGGCGAGCAAGGCGGAGAUCGCGCGGGCCUACCGCCAGCUGGCCCGGCGCUACCACCCCGACCGCUACCGCCCCGAGCCCGGCGAUGAGGGUGCCGGACGCACGCUGCAGAGCGCCGAGGAAGCCUUCCUGCUGGUGGCGACUGCCUACGAGACUCUCAAGGAUGAAGAAACACGAAAAGAUUAUGACUACAUGCUGGAUCACCCAGAAGAGUACUAUAGCCAUUACUAUCACUACUACAGCAGGCGCUUAGCUCCUAAAGUGGAUGUUAGAGUUGUGAUUUUGGUCAGUGUGUGUGCUAUUUCAGUGUUUCAGUUUUUCAGCUGGUGGAAUAGCUACGACAAGGCAAUCAGCUACCUAGCCACGGUCCCCAAGUACCGGAUCCAAGCCAUGGAGAUUGCCAGGCAGCAGGGGUUGCUCAGAAAAGCCAAAGAGAAGGGUAGAAACAAAAAGUCCAAAGAGGAAAUUCGUGAUGAGGAGGAGAACAUCAUAAAGAACAUUAUAAAAAGUAAAAUAGAUAUAAAGGGGGGCUAUCAGAAACCCCAGAUACGUGAUCUUCUUUUGUUUCAAAUUCUCCUAGCUCCUUUUCACCUGUGCUCAUACAUAGUCUGGUAUUGCCGGUGGAUCUAUAACUUCAACAUCAAAGGCAAGGAAUAUGGGGAAGAAGAAAGACUAUAUAUCAUACGUAAAUCUAUGAAGAUGUCAAAGUCUCAGUUUGAUAGUCUAGAAGAUCAUCAGAAAGAAACAUUUCUUAAACGGGAGCUCUGGAUAAACGAGAAUUAUGAGGUUUACAAACAAGAACAAGAAGAAGAACUCAAGAAAAAAUUAGCAAAUGAUCCAAGGUGGAAGAGAUAUAGGAGAUGGAUGAAGAAUGAAGGGCCUGGACGACUAACAUUUGUGGAUGACUAGAGAUUGCUGGAAUGCUGCGAUGCCAAAACUUAAUUGUGAUAUUAUUUUCGGAACUGAAUUAUUUUCAAAAUGAGUGGACUGUUCCACAACAGUAACUAAAAUUCCUCAAGGUUUUGAUUAAAUAGAAUAAUGUAGAAAUUUAAACUUUUCCUUAAGAAACUUUAUACAUAAGACAUUUAUGAUCACUUUUUAUAAUCUAUUUGUGGAUUUUGUUAAAAGAUUUGACAUGAAGAUUUAUUAGUUGUCAUUUAAAAUUUUUCUAUGUUUAGUUAAAAGAUUUGACAUGAGAAUUUAUUAGAUACCAUUUAAAAUUUU